AUGUUUGUAGCUGCUUUUCCUCCCAGCUCCGUUACGAUCAUUGGUGUUCGUGUUCUUCCUGCGACGAAGACCAAGAGUGGCGAAAUCGCCAAGUCUGGGAAAUCUGAAGUCCCUGAAGAUCUCGACUGGGGCCAAGUUUCCUCUCAGUGGGAGGUCGAUUGCUUCAGCCGGCCGGUCAUGCGCGAUGGGAAGAAGAUGUGGGAGCUCAUGGUCACGGAUGCCAACGCUGUGUACCGACGCGUCGCUCAAAUGAAGCCUACGCGGGUCAACUCUGUGGUUGUGCAAAAGUUGAUGACGAUCUUCAUCGAAGAGUCCAAGGUGAAGCCGCAGACCAUCCGCUUCUUCCGCAAAGUCAUGAAGAAUAUGCUGAUCGUCGCGCUGGCAGCUGUUAAGGACACCAUGCCGGAGUACUUGGAGAAGUGCAAGAUUAUACCCAGCCGAAACUGCCACAUGCUCCGGCUGUGGCUCAACUACCGCAUGCGCGAGGUGUACCCAAAGAUGACUGGCUACUCACCACCGGUGAAGAAGAAGAGCACCAGCGUGCAGGGCUCAUUGGUCAAGAUGGCAUACGAACGCUUGCCGGAGAGGCUUUUCUUCUCCCAGUUUGCCAUGACUGCCAUCUCCCUCGGUGCCCUAGCGAGCAUGAAGCCUGGGCAGCUCCCUGGCCAGCUGGCACGCAUUCCGCCAGGCUUCAGUGACAGUGCUCAGGUGUAUGGCAUCCUGAUCUUAAGCAGCAGGGCCGAUGUCAUCUGCUCGACGCUGCGGUCAUUGGAGCUCGCUGCCAUCCGCGUGGACCUGGAGACUGAUGAUCUGCUCAUGGAGCUGGACAUCGACACAACGUACAAGAUCGACAAAAUCCGGCCAGAGGAGAAGGAAGUCUAUCUGAAGUUUGAAAGGUCGAAGAGGCAACUCGGGGGUCUUCACUUUGUGGCCGUGCACGAUGCAAUCUCCGGAGGUGAGCCGCUUCUUCCAAUUGAGGCAGAUGACAUGGGCCCGGGGGAGGGCUGCAUCACCGGAUUGUGGACGCUGAUAGACUACAGCUUGCAGGAUGAGGAUGCAUGA